GCUCCGGAGGCGGAGCCGGCUCCCCGGAGCCGAGGUGCGCCGCACUGCGAGCCGACCUUCUGCACCUGUCGCACACCUGAGCCUUGCUCGCCGUGGCGCUGACGCUAACUGACUGGUGACCCGUGACUCGUGAUCGGCUGGUCAUGGCCUACCCGGGAUACGGAGGCGCGUUUGGAAACUUCAGCGGUCAGAUUCCGGGGAUGCAGAUGCCAAUGGGCCAGCCAUUGCCAGGUCCAGGUCCCAAUAUGUUCCCUGGCGGUUACCCUGGGUACCUGGCGUACUCUGACAGCUACUCCCCUGCUGACGACUCUAUGUGGACUUACUUCACAGCUGUUGCUGGACAGGAUGGUGAGGUGGAUGCAGAAGAACUUCAGAGAUGCUUGACACAGUCUGGAAUUAGCGGGACUUAUGCUCCCUUCAGUCUGGAAACCUGCAGAAUUAUGAUUGCCAUGUUGGAUAGAGACUAUACAGGAAAAAUGGGAUUUAACGAAUUCAAGGAGCUUUGGGCAGCUCUUAGUGCCUGGAAGCAGAACUUCAUGACAAUUGAUCAAGACCAAAGUGGUACUGUAGAACAUCAUGAGCUGAGUCAAGCCAUCACUCUUAUGGGGUACAGGUUGAGUCCUCAGACAUUAGCUGCUAUUGUUAAACGCUACAGCAAGAAUGGCAGAAUUUUCUUUGAUGACUAUGUUGCCUGCUGUGUGAAGCUUCGUGCCCUGACAGAUUUCUUUAGGCGAAGAGAUCACUUGCAACAAGGGAUUGUGAACUUCGUGUAUGAGGAUUUUCUGCAGGGCACUAUGACAAUUUGAAAGCCUAGCGUUCAAAAGGUGAAGAAAUACUGAAGAAUCCUUCUGCUUCGCUGAAACAGACUGGACUACCUAAAAUUAAAAGUUCGGAGAACUUUUCCCUAUCUCUUCCUGUUCAAGUCCCUAUUGCCAUUUCUGUUAUUUAACCUUACAGCAAUUUCAAUGCAAUAACUUUUUUAUUUGGGGUACAUUAUUUUUGGAAAAGUUAUGAUGUUGCAGAUAUAUGGACACUGUCUUGAAAUGUUGCUAAUGAUAUGUAGCUAAUUGAUACCCGCACACCUGAGCCUUGGUUUUUAACAAUAAUAGUGUAUAAGAAUGGAGUCACAUGACAGAUUGUCUACAAAGCCAAAUAACAAAAGUCUAGAUAAAACUUUUAUAUUAUCUAAAGGCUACAAGUUAUACUUCUGAUUUUGUUCAUGUCUGUGGGUGUUUCUGGGAAUGAGUCAGUCAUAGAGGACAUCUGCCCUUUUUGAUGUCUUUGGCUUUUGAUUACACCAUCAGAGAACAUAACCUCCUGUUCUUGGCUUAUAAAUAAGAAAACUUUAGUUCCUAAAACUUUAUCCAAAUUUGCGUCUGUCAGCCUAUGGUAGUAGGCAUUGUUUUACCUUUUUUAUUUCAUUGUUUAUUUUUCUACAAUAUAUUUUAUUAUUUUCCUAUUUUUUCCUUUUUUAAAAAAUCUCUGUUUUGGUUUAGCUUUGUUUUGUGAGAGGGGACUUUAACUACAUAGCCCAGCGGCACACAAACUCAUGGUCCUCCUACCCCACUCCCCGCCAUUGUGUGCAGAGGUUCAAGUCCUGCACUCUAGUGCCCAUCUGAAAGUUUUAAAAUGAAGAUACCUUUCUCUUUCAUUAGUGAUGGUAUAGAUAAGCUAAUGACACAUUUUAGUGAAGUGUCAGCUUUCACUCAUGUUUGUUCUUUUUUAUUCUUUAAAUCUAGGUGCUGCUCUUAGCUAAUGGCAACAGUUUAUAAAAUUAAAAAAAAUCGUGUAAUCUGCUACUGUUUAGAAGUUCUCUGUUGGUUUGACAACACGUGUGUGUGUGUGUGUGUGUGUGUGUGUGUUUGUGUGUGUGUGUGU